ACCUAAUCCAUUAAAAGAAGAAAAAAACGUAAAAAAAAAUUGAGAAAAGGAAGAAAGGAACGUUGGAAGUGGUUCGAUCAACGAUUCGAGGGUCAUGGAAUAGAGAAAGACGAAUUCCAAUCGGAUGUCGAUCAGGACGAAUGUCAAUGUCAGGUAUAGUUGAUUUUAUUGGACAGGGCGUCUCCCAUCCACGCGUUCUCCCAGCGAUGAACACGUGCCCCAUGGAGCGAAACCUUUUCUCCCAGGUGCUAUAUAAAGACGAGGGGACGAAGUGGACACCAUGAGACCGGACCAAGGCACCUUGGCGAGUACUGUACCUCGGAUAGCGCGCAAGGAGCCACGUUUGUUUCACGAGAUGAAGACCCUGAUUGUUCUCUCCGCCGUGUUGGCAGCAGUAUACGCGCGUCCAGGCCUUCUGCUGGCGCCACAGGUAGCAGCUCUAGCGUCGCCUGUUACCAUCACCAAACUAGUACCUGGUGCACCCAUCGGUCUAGAUGGCCGAGUCGUAGACACUCCGGAAGUGACUCUCGCAAAAGCAGAACACGCAGCAGCCCACAUCAACGAAAGAAUCACUUUGGCUAACGAAGCGUUCAAAUCUGCUGAUUUGAUCGCUUACACAGGACCUGUAAUCACCAGUAGCCUGCAACCUGUGGCUGUUGCAGCCAAAAUCGUUCCUCCAGCUCCUCUAGGACCCGAUGGCCGCGUUGUCGACACACCGGAAGUCGCUUUAGCCAAAGCGGAACACGCUGCUGCUCACAUCAACGAGAAACUUGAACAUGCUGCUGAACAAGCAUCGAAAGGAAAUUUGGAGCUUCCUGUGGUUUUGUCCACAUACUCUGCACCAGUUAUUCAAAAGGUUUUGAUAUAAGGACAGGACAUGACUGACUGGAUUGUCUUUUGUGGCGAUGUUGGUUACGUGGAACACUCAUUUUUUGUACAUAAUUGUAAGCUGAUUAAAUAAAGCGAUAUUUAAGAAUAUAAUGAUCAUCACAUGGAAUUUUUAGCAUCUUUCGCUUGUUCUUUCCUUCACUUUGAUCUGGAAUUUGCUACUUUGAUGUUCAAUGGGUUUUGGUUAAAUUUGUAAACUUUUCGAGAAGUUAUGCUUAUGUAAUUCAUCGAGUAAAUUUGUUUUAUAUAUUUCAUUAAGGGAUGAAAUAUGAUGAUACGUAAGGGGUAGGAAUAUUUUAUCAAUGGAUUUUCUUAUAUAUUUGGUGUUGUAAUUGUUUGAGAUCGUUAUUUCUUCGACAUACGACGAUUAAUCUAUUACGUAUAGAAUUUUAAAUAAAAUAUCGCCUCUUAAAAAUUAUACGUCGAUGGACUGGUUAUUUUUUAUUUAUACUUAUAUGAGAAAUAAUUAAUUAUAAAAUCAAUUAAUAAAAUGUUAAUGAAAAAAAGCUCAACCGAACGGUACUUAAGUAAUGGGUA